UGUCAGUACACGUUUGACCGGCCGUCUCUUGAUAAAGUUCAUUUUUCAACAGGGUGAUUAAAAUUCGCAUCUAUUUAUUCGCGUGUGUUCGGAUUUAAAAUAUUCAAGUUGUUAUUUCAAUUACGAACUAUAAACUGUGAGAAGUAUAAAAUAAUAACUCAACACUGAGCGAGCAGGAAAGCGGUGACCUUGAAAAGUGGGGAUCCCCCUGCAUCGCCUUUGUCUUGUAGCCCGGUUGCUGUAGCCUUUGAAACAAAACAAAAAUGGGUUAUCCAUCAUCAAGUGGAAAUAUGAGACCUAAUAGUCCUCAGAUCAAUAAUGUUACCCCACAAUCAGUAAUAGCCAGAUCAGAUUCUACGCCAUCACCAACGAUUCCUUACGAUUUUCCUGGAGUCCCUGGUCCAUCAAAUUGGCAAACCAGAAUACCUGAUAAUAACAAUCGUGGAGUAAAACGUUCAAUAAAUGAGGAUGCGCAACUUCAUCUAGAAUCCCAAGUAGAACUAAACGAUGCAGGAACACCGCAGAUCAAUAUGCCUCCCAAGAAAAUACGGUCUGCGCUUACUUCACCAAAUCAAGAUUCAAUGGCAACGUCCGAAAAUCAUAAUACAGUAAAAUUAUCUGAUAUCCUGAAGCCUCGUUUGGGAAGCAACGAUACUUUUGAAUCUUUUGAACAUUGCAAAAAGUUCCUGCAAAAUAAGGCUCUAAAGCGCAAAGAGCAUGAACUAAGGGAGCUGAUAAAAAAGCGUCAACAGAACAGUGGUCAAUCAACGAAUCUACUAAAAGAUCAAAUCAAGGUUCUUAAAAGAGAUAUAGGAGACAGUAAAUUAAUUAGAAAGAAUAUUUGCACGCACUUGGCAACCGAAACAGUCGAUGGUAAAUUACAGUGCAAUACAUGCGCAAUAUAUUUCGAUAGAAUUAAAACGUAUAAACAGAAGUCACGUUUGAUCAAUCACAUAUUGGAUUUUCAUUUUGAAGAAUUAGAGAAGAAUAAUCGACCCCCAUCAAUCAGAUUCAACGACAAUGAUUCGUUGAUAAGUUGUCAUCCUCGCAGUCCUCAUAGCCAAAUAAAUUUACUUGACGAUGAUGACAAUCCUGAUGACGCCAAUCUUGGUGACGCAUUAGUGGAUGGAGUCGACAAUAGUUUCAGUAAUAGAGCAGCUUAUCUUAUGCCGUCUCGUUCAGAUGAAAUUAGCCAUACCACAGUAAAUGAUAUACACAUGUUUUCUAGAAAUUCAAUAGAAAUAUUGAAAUCAAUUAAGUGGUUUGACAAAGAAAGUACAACAAUUAGAUUAGCACUAAAAAAUCCCGACAAAUUGAAAAAAAUCAGUGAUCAUAGAAAAAAGAUACAAAAAAACGAGAAGUACAAAUCUAUUUCUGGUACUGAAGUUGAUGAUGAUCCAGCGAUGAAGGACUGUUACAUGAGACUGAUCUAUGCAGGUCAAUUAAAUGAAAUAAAACACUGCUUGAAUAAAAAUCCAAACGCCAAGUCUUUGUGCGAAUUAUGUCAAGUGAAAGUAGUCGAGCACACUGCAACUGUAUUUGCUCAAAGCGAAAAAGCUUUAAAAGAACAAAUGGAGAUAAUGAAUAAUGAAAGGCUUGGUAAAAUAGAGAGACAAAAAAAGUUAAGAGAGUCGUAUAAAAAGGAUGCAUACAGACUUAUCAGGAUGCGUUUGGAAAAUUUACGAGAACGCAGAGGGCAGUUUAGAAUGUUACCAGAACUAGUAAGAUUUAAUGACAAAUAUUACAAGAUGCUUGAGAUAGCUUUUAACGAUAGAAUGCUUCAAGAACAUAUUGGAUUGAACGUGCAUGGAAAUGAAAUGUUUAAAUUUGGCGAACUUAGACUUUGCGGUAAGCUAAUGGAUGACUUAGCAAAUCAGUUUCUCGUAAUCGUAACGGGAACUUGCAUGAAUUCCGCACAUAACCAGAAUAGAAUAAUGUUAACAGACAAGCAUAUACGUCAAUACAAAUUAAAUUUUGUAACCACAAACAAGGAUGCAACGUAUUUCGAGUCAUUUGGCCCUCGAUUAAUGAAUCAUAUUAUAGAAAAGUAUCAAAAUUAUUUACCGGGUUCUAAAGAAUUAGAAGUGAUAAUCACGGAUUGUCUAUUGAGAUACAGUUUUCCUGAUGACGGUUCGCUCUACAGAGAUUUAAAAUUAGAGGAUUUCAUUUUCAAACAUCUCAAGUCCCCGCAGCCUAUAUUUAAAUUUCUAAUGAAUAUGAAAUUUUCAAGACCUUACUUGACACUCUUAAACAGUUUAUUAUUAAGAUUUCUAUUGAAGAUUGCAAUCGCGGUAUUGCAAUUGAAAAACAAAACGAAUUCCGGCUACAGAGUGAGUUACACGGAAUUGAUCGAAGCAUGCGAGAUAGUAGGAGUUUUUAAGUCAAGCUACACCUAUUGUCUGAAAGAAGCGUAUGACAACUAUAAUCGCAUGUUGCGGUAAAGAUCAAAUAAUAAUGAAAGUAGAAGCCGUUACGUGUCUUUCACUAGGCAUGGACAAUUACAGCGUUAACACCAUACAAUAUUCAUGCCCUAUUUUUAUUAUUAUAAUACACAUUAUUAUAAUCCACAACUAUAUUCACUACUAUGCAAUUAAAAUAAGUAUCUGAAUAUUUGUAUUUACUGAAGAAGUUGUCGGACUUCGGAGCGAGCUUUUACCUACGGUGACCCUACCUCCAGCUGCAGUUCGCACAUUAUUCGUUCAUAAUUAAUUUUACGCUAUGAAACAUAAAAUUUACAAUGAUAUUUUAUUUACGUAGGAGACUUUGAGACAUCGAAGUUUUUUUGCUUGAUUAUCAUGAUAAAUUAUCUUAUAUUAGGAUAUACUGUUAGAGAAGGGGUCACCAUACGGUCUUCUCAUCGGCGUUUUUAUACCCGGCUCUCAGCUUAACUUCGUAUAAAUUUCAUUAUGUUUGUCUGGAUUCUGUAAUACUUAUUCAAGCGCUUGUAAACGUAUACAUUUUUAUAAUGCGCGCUUUAGAACACUCCAUUUGUCUACAGCAAAUCUGAGCAUAUAUUUAUCAGUCAUAGCGAGGCUCCGACACUCCUUCGAUAAAGUUAGAGCGCUUAAUUUUUUUUUGCCAUAUAUAAAUCGAAGUUUAUAAAUUGAAUCGAAACUUUUCACAUCACAAAUAUUUAUAUAGUCGCGUACAUAUGUAAAAGUGUUCUUUUGUUCCGUGAAAAUAGUCAUCAGCAUCACAGCAGAAAUUCGCCUAGAGGCUAAUCGGAAUUUCGUAUUUUUUAAAUUAUUUACGUGCGAUAUACUAUCUACGAGAAAAUAGAUUGAACCAUUAGCUGUCUGAAUUGAUCUAUUAUUACGAACAUUUAAAUUUUCAAACGAUUCGAUUAAUUACUUGUACUGAAUUAUUUUACUAGAGUAGAUUAGAAUAGAAUACUGCUUAUAUUAUUUGUGUACUCAUGGUCAAAUAAAGGAUUUCCCCCAGUA